AUGUCUCUUCCAAAUGGUUUCAUCAACUCAUAUGAAUAUUUUCAACAAGUUAACGAAUUUCUUAAAAAAAAUUCAUGGAUUUACAGAGAAGCCAACACGGGUUUCGUAAAAGCCGGCACAUUAAAUCAAAUGCCACAAGAGUACAAAGAUUACUUUACAGAAAUUAAUACCGAAGAACUAAAUAAAUUUCCUUACGUACAUGAGCCACUAACCCAUUUGAAUGUUGAAAGCUUAAACAACUUUCGCCACAAGUUAGCAGAACUAAUACCUCUGGCAGCCUACAACGAACCACAAGAUGUGGAAAAGCCAAUUAAAAUGGAAAAUCUUAAGAAGAUGAAUGUUAAAAAGCAACAUGAAAUACAAAGACUGGCAACAGUGGUUAAAGAAACUUUGAAAUUAAAUGAAGAUGAGCAUCAGAAUGAAGAGCAAGAGAAAUAUGUGCUAAUAGAUUUUGGUUCUGGUUUGGGUUAUUUAAGCGAGAUGUUAUAUAAACUAAAUAGAAACCUCUUAAUUUUGGGCUUAGAAGCUGAUACAUAUCGUGUGGAAGCGGCAGAGAAACGUGUAAAAACAUAUAUGCCAACUGCCAUCAACUCUAUCCAAUAUAGACAACAAUUUAUAACAGAGAGUUCAAAAGAUUUCAUUGUUAAAACAGUAGAGGAAGUUUUUAAAUUGAAUUAUCAACAUGUAGCACCACAAAUAGCCACAAAUGUGGUUAUAAUUGGUUUACAUGCAUGUGCUGAUUUAACUAUAACCUCCCUGAAACUCUUCCUACAACUACCGGAAGUACAGCAUCUAAUCAUUAUGCCAUGUUGUUAUCACAAGUUACAGGUGUGUGAUGAUACUGCUACUACUACUGCUGCUGCUUUAAAGUUUAGAAAUUUUCCUUUAAGCGAAAGUCUUAAACAAGUGCUCUUAGACAAUGAAGACAAUGUCACUGACAAGGCUAAUUAUGCUGAAUGUAAUGAUGAUUUUACAACGUAUUUAAAUAGACCCUUUCUACGUUUAGCCUGCCAACAGACUUUAAAACGUUGGAACAAAUGUUCCCCCACGGAGCAUCAUGUGCAUGGCAGUGAGAUGUUUUUAAGAGCUGUAGCAGAAUCGAUAAAACUGAAGGAUGAAGAGCUGGAAUUUAUUGUUGUUAAACGUAAAGAAGAAAAAAUUGAAUUAAAUUCUCUGACUGCUGAGCAAUUGCAGAGUUUUGAAACUUUUAGUCGUCUGUAUAGUUUGAAAAGUAAGACAACAAAUGAAUUUGUAGUCUGGUCAGCACAACAUCGUAAGAAAUUUUGUGAAUUGAUAGAAAAAUAUCCUAAUGGUGGUAAAUUGGCAGAGGGUUUGACCUGUCUGCAAACAUCUAUGCAGAAACUUUGCGAAAACCUGGUGCUCUAUGAUCGUCUAUGUUAUAUGGAGGAGACAGCCUUAAAAAUGGAUUUAAAAAUCAAGGUUCGUUAUGAAAAAAUAAUGGAUGAGGAAUUGUCUCCACGUUGUUAUGUGUUAAUUGCUGACAAAUUAUAA